AUGGCAAGUCAGAAUUCAGAUCUUAAUAUUUCAGAUUUUUUUGAACUUUCGUUUGGACUGAGUCCAAUCGAAUUAGAUCCUAAUAGUUUUGUGACAGAAGAAUUGACUUACGAAUUAUUUAUCUCACUUAUUGAACCUUCUUUGUGUGAACCAAAUCCAAGAGGAAUUUUUCGCAAAUUAUUUCCAUAUCUCGUUGAUAAUAUUAACAGAACCAUUUCAAUAACCAAACUUGCUAAUUAUGUAAAUGAUUUCAAUAACGAAAAUAAUCACCACAACGAUCCAAAAGGAAUUCUCCAACAAUUAAAGAAAUGUACUGGCAGAGACUUUUUUAUAGCUUUUCUUGAUAAAGUCUCGAUAAAAUCUCUUCCAAAGUUUCUUAAUACUGUCGUCUAUGCCAACAUUCCUAUUCCAAUAUUUCUUCCAAAUGACAUGGUACAUUUUGAAAAAGGUCUUAGAAUAUUAGACGCAAUGUAUGAUAUAAUAGAUACUUGCAAAUACCAUCUUUUCAUAUCCGUGAACCAAGAAAACUCAAAAAUGAAGCCACCAUUUACAAAACAACUUUAUCAAUCUUAUUCAAAUCAUCGCGACGAUUGUUUAGGUAUUUGUAAUCCUGGCUCUAUUGAUAUUUCUUUUCAUGCUGCCUCCAAAAAUCAUGCACGUCCUCCAUUAGCUAUUUCGGAAAUAUAUUAUGACAAAACCAAUUCAAAUAUUUUUCAAAAUAUGGUGACCGAAUUAUCCAAGUCUGCAUUUUAUAUUGUGAUUCAUGCUUUUGAUGAUAAUUUUGAUGGAAUUGAACCAAAUGAUGAAUUUAAAACAAUUAUAAAUGACAUUUCCAUUGAAAAACAUAGCACGUGUUCAAGAAUUAUUUCAGUCCUUUUUUGGGGAUUAAAUGAGGAGGAUAGAAUAUAUAAUAAACGUAAACAAAGUGUAUUAGAUUUAUUGAUAAAGAAAUUUUUUCAUGAUCAAAUUCGAGUUGAGAUUAUUAAUGAGGAAAAAAAGUCACUUAUUUUUAAAGAAAUCAAAGAAUUAUCAUUUCAGAAGCUUUUGAACACCUCAGACUUUUAUUUGUCGGCAAAUAUCUUUCAUAAUUUGUUUGAUAAAAAUUAUGUUGCGGAAAACUCAUUCUCUACAUUGAUGGAAGCUACUACCUUUAAUUGUCGUGCAGAUAUUUUCAAAGCUUCUUAUUAUUCUAAUGAAAUAGAAACCCUGAAGGAUCAAACAAGAUUAAAGACUUUAGAAAACUCUGAAGCUUAUAUAACAGAAUAUGAGAUCGAUAGUGAAAUAAAAAAAUUUCAAGAACUUCAAAAAAGCCUUUGUAGUUCUGAUCCAAUACCAGUCCUUAAAGCGCAUCUCCAUGAACUUGCAUUAAAAAGUGAUGAAAUAAACCAAAAUGAUCAACAAAAUGCUCAACAAAAUGCUCAAAAAAAUGAAAUAAAACAUCAAAUAGAAGAUAGAGAUAUCACUAUUCAUGAUUUUUGGAGAGAGUUUAUUAUUCUAUCUCAAAUAAAGAAAAAAUAUUCAACGGCUUUAAAAUCAAUUUAUAAUAUUGAUAAUAUGACAUUGAAUUCGGAAUUUCUUUUGGACCUUUUUAGUCAAAUAAUUCCUAGUAAUAAACAAUUGAUUGUUCUUUCAGUUAUUGGGCCUGAAGGCUCUGGGAAAUCUACAUUAUUGAAUUACCUAUUUCAAACUUCAACAACUUCAACUGAAAGACGGUAUGUAAUUUUAACUUAUUAUAAUUUGCUUUAUAAUAUGCAACAGUAUAUUAAUAUUUACUACGUGUUUGUUAAUAUUUUAGAUUUUGAGGGAAUUUGUUCUGAGGUUGAGAAAUUCACCUCUAGACGUACUGAUUUUGACAAAAAAAUUACAUUAUUAGCGAUAUUAUGUUCGCAAAUUGUAAUUCUUAAUACUAAAAGUCUUACACAAGACAUAUCAGAUAUUCUUGAAGUUUCCUUUUAUCAUAUGGAUACUUUAAUCAAACGAAAUUUUAAACCAAAGAUCAAUUUUGUAUUACGUGACAUGAUUGAUGCUAUAAGUGUCCAGCAAACCGCGUUUAAUGACAUACGUGAAGGUCUGAAAAAAAUGUUUACCGAAAUUCCUGGAUGUGCUUACAGCAUGGAAGGUCUUAUGAUAAUAGAAGAGAAAAAUAUUUAUUCUUUAGAAAAUAUUUUUUCUUGCAAUCUUGAUGAAUUUUAUCCAAAUUCAAAGCCAAAUAGUCAUAGUAACGGUGAAAAAAUCUAUUAUCCUGUGGAAACGUUUCCAUCAAAAGUAUCUAAGCUUAGAGUGGAAUUACUUACAUCUGCAUUGACCUCAAAUGAGAAUGAACUUCAUGACUAUAAAAAUAUAGAUGUCAGAAUUAAUGAUGAAUCAUAUCUAAAACCUUAUAAAGAGGAAAUUUUAAAUCUAAUAGAUGAAAUAGAAUCUGAUCAAUGGUCCGAAGAUGAUGAUGCUAAAUUUGAAACGGCUCUCACUAAAGUAACGGAUACAUUAUGUGAACAAACGAUUUCAAAUUUCCUUGCAAACCUAUCAGAUGAGUAUGAUCAUAUGUUAAUUGAAGAAGGAAAGACUUAUAUAACGUCAACAUUUAUAUCAGAGAAACGUAAACUUCAAGCAAUUUAUAUGAUAAAGCGUCGAACUCUAAAAGAUUCAUGGCUUAUCAAAUCUGCAAAAAUAAAGAUCAAUGAAAAUUUAAAACAAGUAAUAGAUGAAAAAACAUUAGGAAAAGUUAAAAAAAACUUGUCUGAAUGUGAUCAUUAUUUUAAUUCUGAAUGGGAAUAUAUAGAAGCAGACAAAAAAGCUUUUACUUAUAGUAUGUUAUCAGAAACAAAGAUACUGGAGGAGCAGGUAGUUACAUGUUUCAAUAAAGCAAUUACAGAUGGUGUGAGUAUGGUCAGUUCUGAGGAUGAAUCAAAGAAACAAUUUGAUAGAAUUUUUUGGUCUAAACUCGAGAAACCAUCAAUUCUAGUACGAACAAAGUUUUUAAAGAAUUCAGAAUUUUUAAGUAGUUUUAAAUUUAAAUUCAUUGUAGAACAAAAUUCAGCUGGGAUAGCUGGAUAUAUCAAUAACGUCAAAAGGGGAAUUUUAAAACAAGCUGCCAUUAGAACAAUUAAGACAUCAAUUAAAAAGACUUGCAAACAAAUUUCUAAUGAAAUUCAAAAUAAUAAUAUGUUAGCAAUUGAAUUCAAUCAAGCAUUAGAAUGGAUUCAAAGGCUAUGCGAUAAUAUAUUUGUUACACUGCAGAAGGAAUUAAAUAGUUCUCAAAAUAAUUUUAUUGUUAAAAUAGAUGAUUUUAAACCGAUGGAGCAAUAUUUACGACUUAAAGUUUUUAAAAGACUGGACGCAAAUACUAAAAAAUGGAAAGAUACACAACAAAAAGAGCUUGAUGAAUAUAGGAAAAAUUUGUGGAAAUUUUUUGUUGACUUAAAAAGUGAAACAUAUUAUGAAUAUUUAUCAUGCGGUUUUCUUGAACACAUUUUUCAAUCUUUUGAAAAGCAGCUAUAUAAUCCUUAUAAUAUUGUCUCUGAACUUAUGGAUAAACAUUUUAAUAACGAUAAUUAUAAAAUCACAAAUAUCGCAUAUGAACGAAGUUUUGGAUCUCACAACGUGGAAAAUAGUCGUAGUUAUAUUGAAAAUCCCAUAAAAUUUAUGAAAAAAUUAUUUAAUGAAGAGAUUGAAAUAAUUAAAAAUAUGAAAAUAGACGAAAAGAUUGAAGAAAUAGAAAUGAAUAUUGUUAAUACUAUGCAGAGUGAAUUAAAGGAAAUAAUUUCAAGAUGUAAACAACAUUAUUCUUCUCGACCUACAUAUGAAUCUUCUUAUAUAAGUCCUAAUAUUGAACAAAUCCUUCGCUUAUCAAAGGGAACAUUGUUGGAAACUUUGAUAAAGGAAAAGCCUCAAGGGUCUGACAAUAUAAUAAAGUGCGUUGUCAAAUAUCCUUCAAGAUUUUUGAUAUGCCUGGAAGAAAUGGUUGAUAUAAUGAUUCCAGAGUUUAAAAAUAAGUGGAAAGAUAAAAUUAAAAAUCAUAAACAUGAUUCUGAUAUACCUCACAAAGCAUCGAUUCAUUUGAUGGUUAGCUUUACUGGGGUAAAAAAUAGUUUAAAUGAGGCAAGUUUGAAUAUAUGCACCGAUCCAAUAUAUCAAAAUGAUAUAUGUGAAGAAUUUAAUGGUCAUUCGUUUGGAGCAUUUAUUCAAACAAAUUAUCCAAAGUGGUGGCCAAUUGAUCAAACAAAUAUCAAUGAAGACCAAUUAAAACAAAUUAGAGCCAUUUGGGUACAAUUAAAAAGUGAGUUAUGUA